AUGGCCCAGGAUAUGACUGAGAAAGAGCUCCUAAAGAUGGAAAUAGACCAGCUGAAAAAGGAAGUGAAGCUUGAAAGACAAAUGGUAAUGAUUCCCAAAAGCUCUGAGACAAAAUAUUUAUGCUGGCCGGCCAAUUGGUGCCAGUCUGCACAGACAACAUGCAUUUAAAUACAAAGAAUUGUGGGAAAUGCAGUUUAAAGGGGCUGGGAAUUGUAACUCCUUGGGAGGGGGGCGGAACUACCAUUCCCAGGGUUCUUUGGAGGAUGUCGUGUGUUUUAAAGGUAUGGUGUAUAUACAGCCCUAUCGUGCGCAAGUUCUUUUAAGUUACACAGCACAAAUUGUCAGGUGGAAAGAGGAGGUUGCUCAGUUCUGGCUAUGAUCAAAUAAAGCAAGCAUAAGCCACUGAGAAGUUCUCCUGCACAAGGCCCACUGAAAUAAAUGGGAGCUAUGCGAGGAUAGCGGGUGGCGCUGUGGGUUAAACCACAGAGCCUAGGACUUGCUGAUCAGAAGGUCGGCGGUUCGAAUCCCCAUGACGGGGUGAGCUCCCGUUGCUCGGUCCCUGCUCCUGCCAACCUAGCAGUUGGAAAGCACGUCAAAGUGCAAGUAGAUAAACAGGUACCGCUCCGGCGGGAAGGUAAACGCCGUUUCUGUGCGCUGCUCUGGUUCGCCAGAAGCGGCUUAGUCAUGCUGGCCACAUGACCCGGAAGUCAUACGCCGGCUCCCUCAGCCAAUAAAGCGAGAUGAGCGCCGCAACCCCAGAGUCAGUCACAACUGGACCUAAUGGUCAGGGGUCCCUUUACCUUUACUUUAUGCGAGGAUACAACAGUAUUGCACAGCUCCCAAACAUUGAAUGUGUCUUGUGCAGCAGAAGUUCCUGUUGAACAGAGCCCUGUAUUAUGUAAUAGUGCAAAGACUAUGGGUUGUUUCAACCAGACAGCUACUUGAGUAUUUCAAACAUUCAAGUAGCAAGACACAUGGGGUGGUAUUCAAUUAAUUAACUGUUACUCAGAAUAGGCCUAUUGAAUCUCACAAACCUAAGUUGGUUGUGUCCAUUAACUUGAAUGGGUCUCCUCUGAGUAGGCCUUGCAUUGAAUACCACCCAUGAAGACAACAUCAGUGAAGAUUUUGCUUCCAGCCAGGGGGAUUUGCUGAAUAUUUGUACACACCCACACCCACCAGAGUUUAGUACUUGGCUAUACAAAAAUCCCUGAAAGAGUUUGAAAUUGAGAUUUCCGACUUUCUCCAGCGGGAUGAGUCUGUUAGUUAUUACUUUAUUGUGUUGGCCCAGGACAUUUUGCUGCCAAAAUUAGGAGGAGCAGAAAGAGGCGUCACCCCCUUCCUAGAGUCAAGGUACAGAGCACCAAACCGUGCUCACAUUAUUUUGGGCAUCUCGGGCAGAAAAUCCCACAAGUGCCCCUCUUCCCUCUGCAGCAGUUAAAAAAAGCAAAAGCAAAAUAGUAAAUAACUAACCAUUCACCACCUCACUCUGUCCAAUGGUAGAGCCGGCCCCCACCAAUUUGCAUGCUUUCACAUGACAGCUUUAUUCAGAAAUUGGUCCCAUUGAGGGGUGGUAGUCAACAAAGUAGAUCCACUGGUGCAGACUUUUGGCUGCACAGUAGCACUCUCCCCCCACCCCACGUUCCCCUAAAUCUGUUAUGGGUAAAGCUGCAUUUGUCCAGGUUUUCCCACACAUGUCUAGGAAUCGCUCCAGGAGAGAUCAGGUACCAAAAAGUUUUAGGCCGGUCCACAGAACCACAAUGAUGAUGCUAAUUUUUUUCCCUCCUCACACAGGUCUCGAAGACAGCAAAAGAACUCAAGGAUUAUAUAGAAUCCAUGGCUGGAGAAGACCCUCUCUUAAAAGGUGUUCCAGAAGACAAAAACCCAUUCAAGGAGAAGGGAGGCUGUAUAAUAAGCUGA